CUUGGCUUCCUGUUGCCAUUCUUUCAAAACCGGGGUAGGGUGUGCAAGGAAAAAGGGUUGGGCUAUCGGCUCGCUGCGAUGUCUAUUCGUUUUUAGACGUGUCAAUCAAAAACAUCGAGCAACCCUAUUGGUUAACGCUCUCUGGUUUAUCGCUCUAUCUCCCUGUGUCCCGCCCCACUCUUCAUUUUCCGUCGUCUCACUCCGCGCGUUGGCAUAGUGCUGGGGUAGAUGUACGACAAAAUCUUGCGAUUGGCCCCCAAAGUUGCGAGGUAUACGACUAGUUUUUGUUGUUAUACCUCGCUAAGUAGCGUCGUCGCGAAUUAUCUUGAGGUGGCGUGGUGAUACGUGGUGUUGCUCGUUUUUUUGGGCGUUUGAAAUCGGACACCGCUGUAACGUCCUCGUUUUUCGCGGAGUGAUACAGUGUUGGGGAUGACAAUGUGCAGGAGGCUAAAAUGUCUACUAGGAAGAUGAAACGGUUAGCACUGCAGCGACCAUAAGAAAACUGUAGUCUACAACUUAGGAAGAGUUUAUGCUUGAUUAGUGUAUGCAUUUGAAUUCGGGUUAGCUCGGAUACAAUACCUGGGAGUACAAAACUCAAUUAUUUGGCGGUUUGCAGGGCCUGAAACACGGGAAGGGGGAUUUUGUCCCCCAACUUUGUUUUCUCUCUCUCGCGCUCUCUCUCUCCCGAAAGCACUCCAUUUGGAUGCCGAACACUUGAGCCGACAAAAGGGUUGUAAAGUCGCAGAGUCUAUGUGUGUGUGCUGAGAAAUUGUGAGCGAUACCAGCAUCAGAAUGAGCACUGCAGGAACGGACAAGGAGCUCAGCGAUCUUCUGGACUUCAGCGCUAUGUUUCCUCUUCCAGGGGCGAACGGGAAAAGCAGAGCCAACGCUCAAGCCGCCGGUCAGUUUGGAGGCUCAGGUUUAGAAGACCGGAGUGGAUCAGGCUCCUGGGGCUCAGCAGAGCAGAACAGUCCAUCCUUCAGUUCACGGGCAUUUGACAAUGUGGGCCAUUACAAUGAGCAUGAAAGCAUGUCCCCUUCAUCGAUGUACAGCUCAGGAAUUGGAGGUAAAUCAGACAGAGGACCUUACCCCUUUGGCACACAGUUCCUGCAAGGGGAGAUGUCCAUGUCCAAUCCUGAUGGCCUGUCCCCGUCUGGCGUAAAAGCCGCAUCGCCAUUCUACGGAUCGUACCCCGCCAAUCGUAGGAGGCCUCUGGAAGGCGUGCUCGAUACCCCGCCGAAGAAGAUCAGGAAAGUACCACCUGGUCUCCCAUCCACGGUUUAUCCAGCAGCUCUCAGUGACGACUACAACCAGGAAAACGCAGGUUUCCCGGCUUCGAAAACCGGCAGUGUUUACCCUGGCACCAUCUACAUGCAAGAGGGUCUGCAGGACCCCUGGGCUCAGUCAGGUUAUUCCUCCAUGCCCCACCACCAGUCCGCCCCAUUUGCUGCCAUCAACCCUCAGGAUCGCCUGAAGAGACAGCCCCUGCCUCUGUCCCCUCCGUCCUACCCUCACCACGGCAGCGAAGUGAACGGUGUCUUCCAGUCCGCAUACACGCCUCCCAUCAAUGGAACAGACGGCAUCAUGGGCAAUAGGGGCAGCGCAGCAGGAAGCUCAGGAGAUGAAAUUGGAAAAGCCCUUGCUUCAAUUUACCCUUCAGACAACAACGGGAGCAACUUCUCCUCCACUCCACCUACCCCGGUCGGCUCUCCUCAGAACAUGGCAGUCUCUGCUUCCCAAUGGCCCAGAGGAUCAACUCAGUCUGCGCAGUCACCCAGCUUUGAGGGAGGGCUGCAAGCGCUGCAGAAUAAGAUGGAGGACUGCCUGGGUGAAGCCUUGCAUGUGCUGCGGAACCAUGCGGUCGGUUCGGGGCUGAGUGCAGACAUGCACACCCUGCUGAGUGCUGCUGCUGGAGGAGCUGCAGGUCUGAGCUCCCUCAGCCAGAGCUUUUCCCUGCACGGCAGAGUGCCCGGUAUGGUGCCCAACCAUCACGAGGAGUCGGCCGGUCUGACGCCCACCAGUGCCCUGUUACACGGCCAGCACACAGCUGCACAAGCUCCCGCCAGCUCACAGUCAGAGGGAUUCUCCAGUUUGUCUGGAAGUCUGACUCGCAGCUCCAGCACUGAUAUAAAGAGGGAGGAGAAGGAGGAUGACGAGAACUGCUCUGUGAUAGACAAGUCCGAGGAUGAGAAGAAAGACGGCAAGAUGAACCGCACAGGGACCAGUCUUGACAAUGAUGACGAGGACGACGACGAGGACUUGCCAGCAGAGAUGAAGGCGGAGCGGGAGAAAGAACGGCGCGUGGCCAAUAACGCACGAGAGCGUUUACGCGUGCGUGACAUCAACGAGGCCUUCAAGGAGCUCGGUCGCAUGUGCCAGCUCCAUCUGAACAAUGAGAAACCGCAGACCAAACUGCUGAUCCUGCACCAGGCCGUUAAUGUUAUUCUCAGCCUGGAGCAGCAAGUGCGAGAGCGUAACCUCAACCCAAAGGCGGCAUGUCUGAAGAGGAGAGAGGAGGAAAAGGUGACCGGCAUGGGGGGAGAUCCUCAGAUGCAGCUGGGAGGAGGCCACCCUGGGCUGGGCAGUGAUGGGCACACUCAUAUGUAAUAUUUAUAUUCUGUCCUAAAGAGUACUUUCAGAUGUGGCCUUAUUCUCCUAGCUACCGUCUCAGUGUGUGAAUACGCUCACCAUGACUGUGCAUCAGAAUCUUUUGAUCUUAUGGACACAUACUUGUGCAGACACACACACACACACACUCUCUUUACUGAAAGCUGACUCAUUUUGACACAGCAUACAUUUGCAUAAAUGUACACACAGAUGUUAUGGACCAUCGGAGCAUCCUAAAGAACACUGCUGAGAGACGGAGGAACUCUGAGCACAACGAACAAGAAUCUCUGCGCUCCCAUAUUUUCUUCUUUUUUCUUUUUUAAUUAUGGGAGCAAUGAGAGUAAGGAGGUGUGUUUUGCCAGGAUUUUAUUCCCUAUUGAUAUUUAGACGACCAUUCCCAAGACUUCAAAAGGAAAAAGAGACACAUGCUUGUCCAGUCAAACCGAGUACGUCCGGCUACAUCGUGAGAAGUCUGAUAAUUUGAUGAUUGGAUAUUGUGCUAGUACAUAGCACAUGUGAACAUAAACACUUCGUGGGCAGUCAAGGGCUCAAAUUAGGGAACAGAAAUCUUACCCUCUGGCUUUCUUUUGUACCAUCGCACAUGACGGUGAAGGCAGAAAUGAAAAAAAGAACAACCACAGUGA